AUGGCUAGUUAUUCAACAGCUGAAGCUCUUAGACUGAUUAUGCAGGAAGAUACAGAAAGUGAAGAAGACAAUGUUACAGAAAAUGAUGCCAGUAGUGAAGAUGGAGAUUAUUUGCUAGGAUUAGUGACUAAAAGAGGUAAAGGUAUAGCAAGUGGAGAAAGAGGAGGUAGAAGCAGAUCAUGUCGUGGAAGGGACACACGCGGUACAUCCGAUUCAGCACAACAAACAGCUGUAGAUCAGUCCGUUGUUAGUAUUAAUACAAUUGUGGAUCGAAAAGGCAGACAAAACCACCUGCAAUCCACCGACGGCAAGUUCAGGACAUAA